CUGACCUCACAUUGCAAUUCAUUAUUCAUGUUGUGACGGGCGUUCUUUAGAACCUUGACAUAAUGGCAGUGCCGCCCCCGGACAGGAUUUCUGCCUCUUACUUGAUUUUGUUUGUCUUUGCUUUGCUUUUCUCUGCAUCCUCAAGCCAAGAACGCCAGCUUACCGCAACAAAAAAUCCAGGUUGUAAUGAGAAUCCACGGUGUAAUAGCUCUGUUGAAGUAGUCCAUGUGCGUGCCGAUGGACCUAACGACACGAUGCACUAUGUAUGGUGCUUCCACUCAGAACCCACUGUGUUGGUUGCGUUGACUUCGCAUGAAGCAAAUCUGUCAGUCUCUUGGCAAGAUUUUCCUAAUGCUUCUAGCAGUGUAUCUUUUACUUCUCAACCUUUCUACUCAUUUGGAGUCUUAAUGAGUCAGAUUUAUGAAUUCAAUGACAUAAAUGACACAGGUUUAUUAGAUCCAGCAAAUAAUUCUAACACAUAUGUUAAUAAAAUUGAAAUGCCGGAAGUGUGGGAGAUGAAGAUGUUGCAGCAGAACAGAGAUUUUGUACGACUUGUCAUGGACGGCACAUGGAAGAAAAACUCCACCUCUAUUAAAAAUGGACUUAUUCGAGUUGAGCUUGAAACCUACAGAAGCACAGACCAUAGUCCUAAUUUGCCACAUCUUCUACAUUCAUCUAAUGCCACCUUAAUUGAAUUAAGUAUUGUUAACAUGGUAACCAGUUCAGGCUUUGAAAACAGCAGAUACGCCAUCGAGUUGACUAUGGCUGCAAAUGAAAGUUCGUCAGGUGGAAUUUACAGUCGUUCAUUCAAGAGUUUGGAUGAUGAGCACACUCCUGGUGUUUUUACUUUGGUUGAUCUACAAACAUCAGCUAGCAAACAAAGUGGUAAUGGAGGAUACCUACAAUGGCGGCCUGUUGCCUAUGUUGCUGAUGAACGUGACAUCAUAAAUUCAACAGAAACUGCUUUCUAUUCAGUCAAAAAUGGUUCUCUCUUACAAUGUGAGGGUACUCUACUCGCAGCAUUUUCUGGUUUUGACUUAAAUACUAGUCUUCUAAAAGCUGUGAAUGUUUCGUUUGGUGCCAGUGAUGAUGGCUUCUACUCUGCGACCAAUAAAACUAUCUGGACCUUCACUAUGGGAUAUGGCCAUCCUCCAGACGAAAACUUUUCUUUGCUGAUUAUCUUGGUGAUGAGUGUCUGCUUAGGUUUGCCUGCUGUAAUCAUUGUAUUGAGCGGCCUCUAUGUUGCUCUUCGUAGAAUAACGUACCGCAAAGAUGACUUAUUACUAAGUGAAUAAUAGACCAUGUAGAUUACUCAAUUGAUAAAGAAAUAACUUUUAAAGACUGUUUGUAUAUACAAUAUAUUUAUCUUAUGUUUAACAUAGACACAUUUGGUGUUAAACUGGUGAAAUUUUGUCAUUUAUUUUAUUACUUUCAUAGUUUUUAAGUCUUAUAUGCUGGUUCUCUAUCAAAGUCUUUUUGGCUGUGUGAACUGACCAUGUGAUACUCAUAUUGUAAUCAUUUUGCAUGAAUUUUCAAAUCUUAUGCAAUUUGUAUGGGAUGGAGGGAAAAAUGUAGGGCUCAUGCCAAAGUAGUAGUUCCUUGAUUGUGAGUCAUUUGUGUCUUUUGCCCCUAAAUCCAGUCAACUAUCUUUUCUGCGACAUUGUGUUUUGUUUUUAUCUUGCAUCUAUUUGAAGCAGCUCAAUAAGCCUUUAGUUUUUAACUCUGAAACUUAUCUGUAAUAUUUUUUUGUAUUUGUGAAAGAUUUUCUGUGGUGUACGUCCUAUUUCAAGAACAGUAUAAAGUUUGAUUUAUGUGAUUAGUGUGUCAUGUGCCAGGUGCCAACUACUUGGAAAAGUGAUAAACUUUAGCUUGUGAUAGGAAAAGACCAAGUUAUUUUAGGAUGGAAGUAAGGAACCUCAGAACGGUAACUGUGUAGGAAGGUAGAGAAAUAAUAAUAGAAACGGGAAGUAUAAAUAAAGCCUAGCAUUAUAUUUUUUUAUAAUAAAACUCUUCUUCCUUACAAA